AAGUUAUAAAUCAGGAGCUCGCUACAUAAAAAACCAUUGAGGUUAUCCAUCUGUAUCACGAACUCGAACCACCAAACCAGCACAGUUGAGCUUUUCAAUCAUGGACUCACAGAAGAUCUACUCCGAGGUUGGUGAGCGGUACAGCGCCGCCGCCCGCGGAACCAACACCGGCUUCGGCGACACCAUUGCGAAGGCUUUUGGAUACUCGGAAGAGGAGUUGGCUGCCAUCCCCAAGGACUCGAACAUGGGCCUGAGCUGUGGCAACCCGUUGGCCAUCGCUACGUUGCGCGCUGGGGAAACUGUCGUUGACCUUGGCAGCGGAGCCGGACUGGAUGUCUUUCUUGCGGCAGGAAAGGUUGGCCCGACGGGAAAGGUAAUUGGCGUUGACAUGAAUGAGGACAUGCUGGCCAAGGCGCGCAAGCUAGCGGCCGCAUCUGGCAAAGACAAUGUCGAGUUCAUCAGCUCUCGCAUCACCGAGAUUGAUCUUCCAUCUAGCUCUGCCGACUGCAUCAUCUCAAACUGCGUCAUCAACCUCGUGCCGGCAGAGGAGAAGCAGCUCGUCUUCAACGAAAUGCAUCGACUUCUCAAGCCCGGCGGCAGAGUGGCCGUGUCCGACAUCUUGGCCAAGAAGCCGCUGCCAAAGGAGAUCAGGCAGGACAUUGGCCUGUACGUGGGCUGUGUGGCGGGGGCCAGCCAGGUGGCCGAGUAUGAAGAGCAUCUCGAGGCCGCGGGCUUCCAAGAUGUGCUUAUUGCUGGGACGGGCAGCGACUUGAAUGUGUACGCUGAGAAUUGUGCCGACGGCUGCUGUGGCGCUGCAGCUGCCACGCAGGCCGCGGGCUGCUGCUCCUCGCAGGAGAAUGUGCUGGCCGACGUUGGACGCCUGGAUUUGAAUCCCUGGGUCGGCUCAUACAAGGUAUAUGCCGUCAAGCGCUGAGCGUUGUCGGGCACACGAACUGAAGGGGCCAGAUUGAGCUCUGUUACGCCAAUAUAACGAGUUGGCACCAAGUUACUAUGCCCAGCUGGUUACUCAUGUCAAGUUGAUAGGCAUCGGAAUUCCUAG